AUGAUUCUGCUUUGGCAUAACAAGGCAUGUGAUAUACUCUCAGUGCUGGUAUCAGCGCAGACCAUGGACGGAGUGUCGCUAUGUACUGGAUUUUAUAAUGUUGUCGUGGAGUUUAUCAAAUUGGGCACGAAUAUCUUGCUACGACACAAACACAAAGCAUUUGUCAUCUUCAAAGCACUUGAAGCUUUGUGUGUAGGUGAGACAUUGGUAACACUUGAAGGACCCAUGAAUGGCGGAUUCCUGCGCACGUUAUGCGAAGACCUUGCCGCAGACGCCAAUUUUGACUACUACAGCUCUGACUUGCGCGCACUGAUGCUGGGUAUUUCUACUCCAGAACGUCAUGAAAUUUCGUGUCUAAGUAAGAUAUUUGGCCACCCUUAUGUUGAUAUGGAGCAAGGAUCGAUUAAACUAUUUGAGAAGACCACUGAACAAUAUCAGGUUGACCUUAAUCAUGUGAACAUCGUGACGUGUUUUGUAAAGGAAAAUUUUAUUCGCAACUAUAUUCUAAGACACGGCGUUUGGCCACCAGUUACUUUUGAAAUGAUGCACGCUAAUCAUCCGUUGCGUAAAGCACAAGAAUCUAACAGACAGCCCUCUGAUCCAGUCAUACAAAAGCACUAUGGCAUCGUCGAUAUCGAAGACUAUACACGAGUUCACUUGCAGAAGUGUUUAGAAUUUGACCCGUUGGAAAAUGUACUACCCACCUCAAAGACAGAACUAUAUCAGUACUCCGCUCAAAGGUGUUCAGGACAUAUCUCCAGCAGCAAAAUGCAGACCGGGUAG